AUUUUAUUGGGUCAUUAAACCGUUAAAAUUGACUGGCAAUGACUAGAAAAUUUUUAAAUUUUCAUUUGAAUUUUGUGAAAAAUUGCCAUUCUCGUUUAUCGAAAACCGAACGUUCAAAAUUUUUACUCGAUGUUAUAACUACACUUUAAAUCGUUUGACGGCAGCCGUAUACGUAGUUCAUUAUUCAAAACCAUGCGAAUGUCAAUAGCAUUUAAUUUGUAAAUAGCGCGUGGUAUUGUUAGUAAGAUAAUGAUAUCGAUCAGAAAAACAAUAUGGCGACCACGAUAGAUCUGCAAGAAAUGUCAAAUGCAAAUUAAAAAGUAACGUGCAAUGUUGUCUGUAAUAUGUACGGGAAAUUUGUUACGGACGAACAUAAUGUAGCCUAAAUUAACAGUUAUGAAUCGUUAGGAAGUGAUUUCUAUAUCGCGAAUUUGUUAACCUUAUACGUAUUAAAUAACAGCAUGCAUGUUAAAGAUUCUAUAAUUGCCCUAUAUCGUUAAAUAAUUAGUUAAAAAUUUAUUAGUAAACGGUUAACAAAAUAUAGCUCAGAUGUCUCUCAAUGAUGACUUUGAUAGACCGUUUGAAGAUUAUGAGCCCCUUCAAUGGGGAGCAUUACGAGAAUUAUGUCAUGCUAAUGCAGAAUACUUUAUGUCGCACCAAGAUGAAAAUGGUGUUAGAAUCAGGGCUGCGCUUAUGGCAAUAUUGGAUCACUUAGAACAAUUACAACCGCUAUAUAAAGAUGUUACUAGGAUCGCUCCAAUGUUUGAUUAUGAUGUAGAAAUGCCUGGUAAUGGAUAUAGAAGUUUUCUAGUCUUAAUAGAUAGAUGUAUCAUACACUCGCGUGCAAUUUGUCACCAAAUAUAUUGUCAGAAGGAUUCAAUAUUUUUUCGUAAAAGUUAUCACAUGAGGGAAAUAGAAGCUUGUUCGCAAUUGAUAGCAUCUUUAUGCACUUGUUUGGAGCACCUACAGACCCUUUACUCGUGGAGCGAGAACAUAAAUGAUGGAAAACCAUCUCUUUUUAUAGGCAAUGAUCAUAAUCUCUAUGACAUUUUAAAUAAAGUAGAUACUAUUAAUCAGUAUUGUUUCUAUGGAAGAUGUUUAGGAUUUCAGUUUCACGACAACUUAAAACCUAUUUUGAAAACUAUCAUGGUUUGUAUGGCUACAUUUAGCGAAGCAUUUUACGCUAACGGAACAUUGCUAUCACGAUGCACUAAUUCUGUUAAAUACAUGAUAGAUCCCGAGGUAAGGGCACGUCGUAUCGUAGACAUAUCUCGACGUGCCGAUAUAUCGUUUUGUCAAGCCUUUUGGUUUCUUAACGAGACUGAUAUAGCACGCAGGCUACCAAAUAUAACAUUAUCAUCUCUGGCAAUAAAUCAAAUAAUCUCUAUUCCACCUGAAGAACUGACGCUUCCUGCGUUAGAUGGGACAACAGUGUCGAUUCCGAUACCAAAUAGUCAUAUCGGAAAGAAGCCGAUACAUGUCAGAUUAUUAAGCUCCAAACGUCGUCUGGGAAUGGUUGGUUCAGGUGGAGUAGGGGGAGAAUUGUUUGGAUUGUCCGAUGAACUGAUAAUUCAUUGUCACGGUGGCGGUUUCGUGGCGCAGACAUCACUGUCGCAUGAAACAUAUUUAAGCUCCUGGGCUACAAACCUUGGUAUACCCAUAUUAAGCAUAGAUUACAGUCUAGCCCCUCAAGCUCCAUUCCCACGUGCCCUAGAAGAAGUGCUGUACGCAUACGCAUGGGCUUUAAAUCAUGCAAGUACUUUGCUUGGGAGUACAAUACAAAAGAUACUUUUUGCUGGUGAUUCUGCUGGGGCCAAUUUAAAUUUGGGGGUUACUUUGAAAUGCAUAGAACUGAAUAUCAGAAAACCGGAUGGUGUAUUUAUGGCAUACAUGCCGGUGCUUGUCGAUUUUGUACUAUCGCCAUCGCGGUUACUUUGUCUUACAGAUCCGCUAUUACCAAUGGGAUUCCUUUUACGUUGUUUAAAAGCAUACGUAGAGUCGGAUAACAAAAAAUCUACAAGAGAAAAGGAACAGGAUGUUGGAGAAUACGCGAAAUCGGAUACCGAAUCUUUCGCGGAAGUAAGCGAAAGCGAUUUAAUAGCAUUAGCUCUAAGUCCUAACGGAGAUGAAACGAAUGAUGCGCAUAAGUUGGCAUCCUUGCCAUCCGAUACUACGUUGAAUUCCGUUAGCCUGACAGAAACUGAUGGAAUAGAACAUCCAGCGAAAGAAGGAAAAUCUCAAGAGUAUAUUAAUAAAUUUUUAGAAUUGUAUCGAAAUUCUAGUUCAAAUGCAGUAGCAUACAUGGGAAAUGGCACUGUCAGCGCGGACAAUAAUAUCUCGGAGAAUGACAAACCGUGGUCAUUUUUUGGUUGGUCUCUCAGAGGAAGGCACAAAGAGUCCAGAGAACUUGACGUAGAAAAUAUAAAAAGUCUUUUGGAAGAAUUUACAUUUGCAGUGCCCAAGGAUCCGUUUAUGAGUCCCUACCUUGCACCAGAUAAUGUUUUAGCACAAUUACCACCCAUUAAAAUGCUGACAUUGGAGCUUGAUCCGUGUCUCGAUGAUUCCGUCAUGUUUGCAAGAAAACUUCGAUUGCUUAAUGUAUUAGUCACGCUUGAUAUAUUACCCGGUUUACCGCACGGAUUUCUUAACUUAUCACCGGUUUCAAAAGAAGCUAGCGAAGGAUCAGAUUUGUGUGUCAAAAGAAUACAGGAGCUGUUGGCAUUAUAAUUAUAUUCAUGGAGCAAAUAUUUAUUAAAGCAUAAAUGUUAAUAUGUGGGAACAACAAAGUUUCUUUACUGUUGUUUUGUUGUUUAGAUAUUAUUUAUAAUUAUUUUUUUAUGUAAAAAUCGACUAUGAUAGAGUGCAAUAUUUUGAAGGUUUUAUUAAAAGUUGGUCAACUUUCACGUCACCGACAAAGUUCGUUGAAUUUAAUUGCAUAUUUCAAAUUGUUAUUUUAUACUAUGUAUAUGAUGUUAUUCUCUUUUACACGCGACAACGUUUGUUUUUUUGUAAUA